AUGGAAAACUAUGAUGAAGAUUUGACAGAAAAUCCGUUUUUCCAAAUACUUCAAACUGACCAUGUCGAAGUGUUCCGGAAGGCCACUAUCGAAGGAUGGAUAAUUUGUGUUCCUCGAACUGGUUCCGUACCUAAGUAUGCGUUGACUCACGAGGAUUUCUUCGGGCACAUUUUGAUACCUAGUGACGAACUUCCAGAAAGUCAUUUUCGAACUCUAAAUGACAGAGAAGUACGGAUUCUUAACCGUGUUAUCACUGUGGAACAGGAAGACAUCUCACGCCCCUGCAUUACUCAUAUUCUCUUUGAAGAAACUUUCUACAACGACGACCUUAAGUAUAAAGUACUAUGUAUUGAUAAUCCAUUGGAACGGUUGAUGCAUUUGGGAUCAGGGCAGAAAGAUUUAACUGAUUUUUUGAUAAUUAAUACUUUGAGAGAGAGUAUUGACUUGUUGUGGACUGAAUGUAGUGGACCCAAUAUUUUAGAGAAAUUAGAUCAGCGUGUAAAAAGUUUUUGUUUAUGCAAUGACAGGUUUGAAUUUGAACCAUUGCAAAUUCAAAAAGACCUAGUAGGGAAUUUGUACAUACAAUGUUUGCAGAUAACUUUACAUGACAGUAGAUUACGAGAAAGAACAAUGUUGGAUAAGCAUUUGUUAGAAAAUGUGAAGCUCUCUGUUGAAACCUAUAUGCACCAUGGCAUUUAUAAAAGCUUGAUAAAGGGCAUAACUGCUUGUACAGCCAUUGAAGAUUCUAAUUUGAAUAAAACUAUCAGAAAUCUUUCUGACAUACAACUUAGAGAUCUUGGUAUCAGAACAGAUCUGUAUAAUGCAGUUCCCUGGGCAAAACAAGAAUUAGCAAGAAUCGACUGCUACAGCACAGUUCUUGGAAAGAUAGGAUGUUUAAAACGCAUGGUGUCUUCAAUAUCUCGACAGAAUGUUGGGGAUGUCAAGGAACUAAGUAUUGCUAAUGCUAUUUCAGCUGAUGAUCUGUUGCCAAUGAUAGUGUUCCUCGUAAUUAAAACUGGUCUUCCCAACUGGAUUGCUCAUUUGACCUAUAUGAAGGAAUUUCACUUCUCUGCAGCAGUCUCAAGAGGAGUUGACGAACAUAGUUUUCUCAUAACAUCACUUGAAGCAGCUAUUGAACAUAUUAAAAGUGGCAUUCUUCUGGGUCCUUCAGAUCCAGAAGCACAGAUUGGUCAAGAUGAAGUUUUACCAACAAGCUUGGAAUCUUCAAGAAGUGGAACUAAUGGGCAAUCAAGAGGCAAAACUCUUGGAAUUGGGUACUUUUUUGAUCAAAUACGAUUAGGAAAUGUGGAUUUAGUAAGUGAAGUUCUGGAAAAAAAAAAUUUGAAGAGUGAAACAGCAGAUGAAAGUUUGCUCCAACUAUGUCAUCCUUUAUGUUCUUGUGAUAAAUGUGAAAGUGCUUUGUCAAAACAUUUGUGUGAUACAACGCCUACUAUCAAUUCAUGUGAUGACAGAGGAUUCACACCUUUACAUGUUGCUAGUUUGUUUGGCCAGGCUGUUAUUGUAGAUCUUUUAAUUAAUCACGGCGCAAAUGUUGAUGCUACGGACUAUAGUAGUUCUACCCCUCUUCAUUAUGCUGCAGCUAAAGGGCAUCAAAAUGCUGUUCUUUUAUUGGUCCAUUCUGGGUGUAACAUGCAUGUGCAAGACAACGACGGCAACACACCAUUACAUUUCGCUGUGAAUAACGGCCAUGAGGGAUGUGUGAAAGCUUUGCUGUACUUCGCUGAGCAUAUUGAUUGCCAUCUGGAUGUUAAUUGCAUGAACAGUUAUGGUGAUACACCAUUACACCAUGCAUCUCGUUGGGGUUAUGAAGGUAUAGUACAAAUUCUUCUUGAUUAUGGUGCUUUAACUGACAUUCCAAAUAAACGACAUUUAACAGCUCUGGAUGUAGCUCAUAAUUUGCACAUAUCACGACAAUUAACAAAUCAAAUGAAGAGCCGAAGUGUUCAGACUUUCAAAUUGAUAGCAAAGGAUAAUUUUAACGAUAGUGUUGCGACUGCUGCUGCCAAAAUGUCAUUAGACUUAACAGAGGAUAGUGAAAAUCUUUCUGUAAAGAGCAAGAAUACUCAUUCUGCAUAUCGCCCUCAAUCUACAGAUCAGAUGAAACAAGUAGAAAAAGUGUUAAGAGCUAUUGCUCAGGGUGAUAUAAGACUUGCAUGUUUCUAUAUGGGUUUGGAAGAUUCAGUUCCAGAUAGUGAAGAUAGCUUAAGUGAUAUUAAAUCAUAUUGUCAUCCUUUGUGUACUUGCGAAAAAUGCAGACCAUGUGAUACAGUGGUUAUUUUAAAGAAGAAAUCUGAAAGGAAGAUUAUCAAUGUAAAUGUGUGUAAUUCUGAAGGCUUCACUCCACUGCAUGUGGCCUCAUUGCAUGGGCAUAAAGAAAUGGUACGUCUCUUAUUAGAUUCUGGUGCUCAUACAAAUGUUCACACUAGAUCAAAAGGUGUCACACCUCUACAUCUUGCAUGCCAGAAUCAGCGAUUAUCAGUGGUUGAUUUGUUACUCCAAACAAGUGAUUGUGAUGUGAAUGCGCAAGAUGCGAGAGGUAAUUCUCCGCUUCAUUAUGCUUGUUAUGCUAAUAACCUUAGACUAGUUAAGUUGAUUUUGAAAAGUUCUCCCCAAUUACGUUUGAAGAACAUAAAUGGAAAGACUCCAGUGGAAGAAGCAGAAGAAAACUUGUCAAUUACUAUGGUUAUAUUUGGCCCUAUGUUUUCGGGAAAGACCACAGAAUUAAUUCGGCGCUUACGGCGUUAUGAAAUUGCAAAUUAUAAAUGUUUAAUUGUGAAGUAUGCAAAUGAUGUUAGGUAUGGACUGGAAGCCAUUUCCAGUCAUGAUCACCAAACCCUUCCAGCAUUGAACGCAGAAACAUUGUCAGGAGUGAAUGCAGAUGGUUACGAUGUGAUAGGUGUUGAUGAAGGGCAGUUUUUUGCUGACAUAGUGUCAUGUUCAGAAAAGUUGGCUAAUAAAGGAAAAAUAGUAAUUGUUGCUGCCCUUGAUGGAACAUACCAAAGACUGCCGUUUGGUGAUAUUUUAAAUUUGGUUCCCCUUGCUGAGAGUGUUGUAAAAUUAAGUGCAGUGUGUAUGAAAUGUUUUAAAGAUGCAUCCUACACUAAGCGAACAACAAAUGAAUGCGAGUUGGAAGUGAUUGGUGGAGCUGAUAAAUACAUGUCAGUUUGUAGGGAGUGUCAUUUCUCCAACUCAACGAAGAGGAAUUCUCCCUGCAAAUACAAAGAGAAAGAAAAUUCUGUUGAAGGCAUUGCAUAUGAAAUCUGCUCUAGGAACAUUUUUAAAGAACAAAUGAGCUAAUGAAUGCAGUGUAGGAAUUUAAGCCUUAAAAAUAAUAAAAAUUAACCUUAUCUAAUGUAAUAUGGAAGGGAAAAGACAUUGUAAUAAUAAUGCUGGAGAAAAAGGAAAUAGAAAUAUUGCAAAUAAAAGACAUAACUUAUUUUUAUAAUAUUUUUAAAUAUAUUAUUCCAUUUAUAAUAUUUUAAACAGUUAUGAGUCUUUAUAAAAGGAAAGACACAAAACAAAUAUAUAUCCUGUAGUAUAUCAAUGUAAGUUUAACCAACAAAUAUUUUUCAUGUGUAUAAAACUAACAAAUAUCACAGUUUGAAUACUGACAGCACAGCUUUUUAUAUACAUAGAAGUUGUGAACAUCUUUCAUAUAAGAGAAGAAUAUUAAUCUUCAUAAAACAUUGUAACACACAUGAAAUAAUGCCUCUGAACAAUACAGUCGUGUCUAGGUUUUCCUAAAUCUUCAAAAUACCACUACAAACAAUUUAAAAUGCAUCAUAUUUAUUUUCAAUGGCCAUUUAUAAAUCAUUUCAUGACUGAAUACAUUUUGUAAUAUAAAAAUAAAGAGGAAAGAAAAAAAUUGGUCUUUUUAUGUGCUUUGCUCUCGCCUUCAGAUAAAAAUUUGAGUCAAAUAUCAAUGGUACUUGGUAUCUACGUGCAAGAAGUAACUUCCCAUUAUGACCAGUCUCUUGAAGAACCAAUUGCUAUCUUCUAGCCCUUAAAAAGAGUCCUUGACCAAUAUUCCUCCUUGAAUACAUCAAAUAUUGGGUCCUAACUUUUGCUUGUAAAAUUUAUCAAGAGGAUAAUUCUUGUUUAUUAAAGGAAAUGAACUCCCACAAUUAAGGUAUUAUAUGAAAUACAUCUGUAUUCCAGUUUUUAGAAAAAUUGUUUUGUAUUCCACAUAAGCCUCCAAAAUUUUAUUUCAAUUUUCGAAUGAUGAAAUGAAACAGUUUGAACUUUGCACAUUCUUCUGGAUUGAGGUGAACUUGAAUUUUAUAAUAAGCUGAUAAAACUUUUGACUCCUUUGCUUGCUCUUUAGUGUUUCCCAAAACAGGUAACAUUUAAUCAUCAGUGAAUCUGAUUCAAAUGUCUCAGAUGAAGAAUUUACUAGAGUUUUUGUUUUCUUCCGUCUUUUUUCUCUUUCUUUUCUUUCCUUUCUUCCAAGAAUGAAUGUCCAUUACACACCCCUUUUACGUAUCGCUCACAAAACAAUAGCACAGGGGUGUCAACUUGCAAGACCUUGAGGGCCACAACUAAAACCUUUAAUAUAGUUGCGGGCUGUAUUUCAUUACUAGAGUGAUCCACUCCUGACUUCCCUGUAUUGUAGACCUUUGCAGUUUGCCUGGCUCUGAGGGGGGGGGGGACGGAACUACGCAUAUGCAGUAAAAUACGGAAUGAUUUUGAAUUUCUGAGUUUAGCAGAAAAAGUCCUUAAAUAUGAACUUACUCUAUUUUUACAUUAAGGGGGUGUUGACCUCAACAGCAAGUGUGCUAGACACAAAUAUUCUUGUCUAACAUGGAAGGUACUUUCACAUUUGUCUAAUAACCUUCCGCAGGCUGCCAGUUGGGCAACCUCGCAAUAUAGCAAUGCCCAGAAAGGAAAUCUUUAUCAAAUCUACACAUCUAAGUAUAAAAGUUUGCAAAGAUCCUUGAGCGAUUGCCUGAAACAUUCAAAUUACAAAUAUUUAACAGAAAAACAAUUUUUAAAUUGAAGUAUUCAUGUACAAAUAAUAAAAAAAUGUGAGUAAAAACUUACUAUGGCCAUCAUUCCGUAUAAAAUGAAAAUAACUGGGGUCUUGGACAACUAUGGUCCUUUGUUUUAUAUUGAACAAACAAAUUUUAGUCACUGAUGUCAUCACUAAGGUAUUAUGAAAACAGAAAAAUUAAAAGGAUACUAGUUAUGAAACUAUAUCAGAAGUGUCUUUAUUAUUGUUAUUAUUUUAUCUUUUCAAAAAUUUGAAAUUAAACAUAAAAUUGGGUCUUGGUUACAACACCAGUGAGUGUGUGUGUGUGCUUGUAAUGUGGAGUGAACUUGUCAAAUGUACUUUGCCUAUUCAAUUAUACAUUAAUCACAAUAUGGAUUAAAAAAUGAAUAAUCUUGUCUAUUUUUUUGAGACAGACAAACUGCUGAUAUAAUGGUCAAACAUUUAAAGAUCUGGAUUUAGUGCCCAAGAAUCUCAAGUUAUUUCUUCAUGAGAGCAAUAUCAAGUUCAGUCCAAACAGUAACAUAAAUCAAAUUAUCUGUAUCACAAAAAUACAAGUUCUUACAUCCUCUGUACAUUAUUGACCAUUAAAAAAAUAUCGGAACCACUGGAUGUUUUCUGUUCUUUAAUGGUUGUUUCAUUUGAACAAUUUCCAAUUUUCUGAAUAUUUUUUCGGUGUUGGUAAAAUCCAAUAGUUAAAUCUAGAGAUGGAACCCAAUUACAAAUCCUUUACUAGUCAGAGUUUGGACCUUUGAAGUGUAUAGCACAAUUAAAAUUGUUAAAACAGAUUGAAUCAUAAACAAUCUCAAAUUACAAAUUAAAACUGUUAAUCUUUUCUGUACUCCUCUUAAGAACUAGAAAAUCCCAUGCUUAACAAAUGAAGACAUUUUAACACUAUUGCAAGAGUUGUUUGUGAGAUAAAAUGUCGACAACCACCAAAAAACAUUAUUAUCAGCAACAAACUGUUUCUUACAAUUUGUUUAGCAGCAUGAGACAUUUGCUGUUUGUGGUGGUACACAUAAAAUACAUACAGACAUGUAACAAUUUGUGGGGAAAAAACAAACAAUAUUUUAUAUACACCAUUAAUAAGUACAUAACCCACACAAAUUUCUAAUACAAAUAGGUUACCUCCUUUGUGUGUGUGUGCCUCAAAGUAAUUAGCCUUUCACAAGAAUCCUAUCAGUCAGUCAUGGCAAUAUGCAAUAAAAUAUUAAUUGCUGAAUAUCAUAAGAUGUACAUACCUUUAAUACAAUUCUUCAGAAAAUAAAUAAUUUUAAAAGGGGAGCUAUUUGAGUAAAUUCAAAUUCCCUAAUCCCAGAACUAAAAUAGUUGGAUUGUUUUUCCAUCUAUUCAUAAGGAAAUUAUAUUGUGUUUUACAGUUUUAUCCAACUCCAGUUCUCAAAACAUGAGAAUUCAAUGUAGUUCUGCCUUACCCUACUUGAUAGGCAAAUCUAGGCUAUUAGGUUGUCUUUUCAUUUGUAGAAAAGAGAACUGCAAUGUGUCAGUGUAAGAUAAAUCUAUCUCAACAAAGUCUUAUUUGGCUGCAGUUCAAAAAAAAUUUAAAUCCUUGAAUGGUGAAAGGUUUAAUACCAUAAAAACUGUGAAACUUUCUAAACGUACUUUAAAGAAAAUUAAUUCUUACGUCUCAUCAAGUGGCAGUGUCCACUGCAAGGGAACUUCAACACUUUUCUGUUUUGAUUUUUUGCCUCUUCUUGCACGAUAUUCCCUUCUUUCAGUUGUGUCUUUAUCUCCUGUGGAAUGUGAUUCACUAUUUGCAAGUAAUGUGGAAAGUUGGUCUUGAGGUGAUGAUAUUUGUGAAUUUUGAAAAAUUGUUCUAUUCAUUGUAAAUGUUGAUAGUCCCUUGUCAAAUAUGCCAGAGGCACCAACCGUGAAAUCAUUUUGAUUUUCCAUUUGUACAUAGUUAUCUAAUGUUUGAGCUUCUGUGCUGGUGAAAAUGUUUUUGGAGGUUUGACAAGGAACAUUUAAAGGUUGUUCCAGUGCUUCCAGGUUUUUCCAGAACUUACGAGUGGGAUCAUUUAAAUUUCUCCAGUCAGUCUCAUAUUGUAAUUGUUCUCCAUCUGUGGGAGGUGUUCUUCUAAUUGUACUGUCUCUGUACUCAUUUUUUAAAGGACUUUUCCUGCUGCGUAGUAAUUGAUGAAAGCCUGAUGAAUAUAUUUCAGCAUCAUUACCGUUCAUAAAUUGUUUCUUCUUUGGUGAAUUUUUAAGAGAUCGUAUUUUAAAAUGUUCAUUAUUUUUAUUUCUAGGGUAAUCAUAAGGCAUACUAUCUACAUAAUUUGAGGCAUUUUCUUGCCAUAUAUCUACAAUGGGAUUUUUAAAGGUGUAUUCCUCAUGAUAAUACCCACAAAAUACAGCUUCUUCCUUCACACACUGCAUUGAAUGCCAUGUAUGCAUUAAUAGUAGUGGGAAUCUAAAAGUCCAAUACUCGACAAACUUUUCUGGAAUAUCUCCUAAUCGUGACUGUACUUCCAUUGAAAGUUCACGGUAGUGAUGUUUCUGGAAAAAAAAGAAUGAAUGUAUAUAUUUAAAAUUAUACACUAAUUUAAACUUGAAAGAAUUCAAAUGUUAUAAUUAUGGUAUCCCCGAUUUAGCUUCGAACUUAAAACAAAAUAUUUCCAAGAACAAGAAUCAUAGCAGACCAAAUCUUCACUAAACAGAUUGUAGAAGUAUUUUCACAAAUACUCGUAUCAUAUAAAAUUUGAAGCAGACUGCUGAGGAGGAAGACUAGUGAAAAUAAAUUUUUCUUCUUUUAAUCCAUUUAUUCAUAAUAUAGGAAGUAAAAUUUUCUCAAUAUAAUUGUGACAGUGAUUUAUACUUCAUUCCAUUUAUUUAAUACCCAAUUUUGAUACAAUUUUCUAUAAUUCAAUAAUUUAUUAAAUCUUAAACCUACCAACACAUUAUGUCAAAAAUUAUAUAUCAAUGGAACAUAAUUAGACUAUUGCGCUCUAUUACUCAGGAAUUCGUGUCAAUUCCAGAAGUGCCAAUGUACAAAAAUUAAUCAAAAGAUAGACAGUAAUACCAACAAAAUGCCCAGAAAAUCAUUGGAUUGAUGCUGGGCCAUUGUCAGGGAAUUCAUCAGGUCUGAUGACAAGAUUUGCAGGCACGUUUCUAUCUGGACAAAGCUCUGCUUUAUCAAUUUGCAAUAUUUUAUUAUGUUUAUUAUAAAUACUGCUGGACUUUCGUUUGACCAGUGGUGUAACGAAGAAGGGGUGGCCCGGGACACUGUGAAAUUUUGCGCUAAGUAAUAACAAUAAUUUCUUGUUAAAAUUUGAUCCAUUUUAUUUCAUGAUUUUGUCGCACCUAUGAUUUGGACUGAUCGAAAUGACCAUGGAAUAUUUCAUCACUUCGUCUGUGAUGGCUUAUUAAACAUUGUUAUAAACAUUUUGAAGAACAUCAUUUUACAUCUUACCCAUUGUAGUACACCAUCUGUAUUGACUUGUAGAAAUUUCCUGUAUUUUAGUUUGUGCUUGGAUUUUUUAUGACUAACAUUUAUUGAGAAUGACUUCUAUGAUAAAGAAUAGUGUUCAUUAUUGUAUAAUAACACCUGCAAAUUUGUUAACAGCAGUAUGAAUAAGCCCCUUCAGGGAUGUCUGUCGUUAUGCUUUGACAAUUCAAAGAAAGUUUCAUUGAUGGAUCAUCAGUCAUCAAAUUCACACUAAUCGUUUAUGUCUAUGCGCCUUCCAAACUAUGAUGUUAGUGCUAAUAAGUGUAGUAAUAGUUUAAUUAUUGAACUUUGUUGAAUAUUGUAUUAGACUAUGUAUUAAAUAUUUUAUUUAUGUAAUUGCAUGUUCCAACUAUCUACUAUGUUGUGGAAGCUUGUGUACUUAAGUCUUUUAAACUGAAAUUCCUAAAUAAGGGCAGGGUGAAAAUUUCCUCCACCCUUGACACCUACAAUACACCACUGCAUUUGCCCUUUGACCUGAAAAUUAAAGCAUCUUGUGUACUUGUAUAUAAAUAUUUCUCUCUUAUAUUUUUUUGUGAAGAUCACCCCCAAUUAUAUUUAAAAUAUGUUUCAGAAGAAAAUAAUCA